AUGAACUAUCUGAAAUUGUUUCUUUUUUUAUUUUUGGUGAAUAUAGUCAACAUUUAUGGGACUCCCUUAUUUUAUAACAAAAAUCUUGAGAAAUGGAAUAAGGAACUUUUGAAAAUUUCCAAAAACGAAUAUAACAGUUUGAAUGAAUUAAAUGAACUUACAGACAGAAAAAAUUGUGGGAAAUCACUGAAACAUUUGGCAGGCUUAAUUUUAGAUAAAUCAGAUAAAGAAGCUAAAUUAAUUAUAGAAGGAUCUAUUAUAUUUAAUAAAUUAAUUCUAAAACUUGGGAAUAUAAAAGAAAAAGAAAUAAAAGUUAAUGAUAUUAUAUUACCUAUAGAAACAUUGUCAAAUAAAUGUAUUAAUAUAAGACUAUCCAAAUCAAAUGAUUCGACAAUUUUGUGUUUAGCAAAUAAAGUCCUCAGAAAUUUCUGGACCAAUUCAAUAACAGAUGCUGUUUUAUGUAAAAUGACAAAUGUUCAAGGGAAAUUACCAGAGUAUGAUUAUACAAAAAGUGGUAAUAAUAAUAAUAAUAAUGAUAAUGGUGAAGAUAAUGAAAUGGAUAUGGAUGAAAAAGAAGUGAACUCACAAAAUAAAAAAGUAAAAAAAAUAAAUGAGAAGAAAAAAAAAAUUAUUAACGAAGAAUUUGACGAUGAACAAGAAAAAGAACAAAAAGGAUUAAAACUACGAAUAGCUAAAAGUAAAUAUGGCCAACCUAAUAUUAAAAUUAAUGAGAAAAGUCUUGAAGAUAUAAAAAAAGAUCAGUUGUUGAAAAAUUCAUCCAGGAAUGAACAAGAAGCAAUAAAUUUACAAGAAGAAAACAAGCAGGAAGAUAGUGAAAAAUAUUCCGAUAUGGAAUGA